AUGACAGUCAAACCACAAAUUAAAAUCAAAUUUAAUAGGUUAGUAACUGAGUGUUUUGAUAUUUCUAGACAUAUCCAAAAAAAAUAUGAAAUACCAAAUAGUUAUAUUAGUUUAAUUAGUAAAUUAACUGAACAACGAAAUGCUACAUUGAGACAACAACCAACUAAACAAUUAUUAAAUGCACUUAUAAUAUAUCUGACUAGUUUAAUUAGUAUUUAUAAAAGUGCUAAAUGGAUCGGAGUUGAGGCUAUUUGGAAGACUAAAACAAAAGAGUUUAAAAGUUCAUUAAUGAAACAUGAAUUAAUGUGUACAUUAUAUAACAUUGGAGUAACUUAUUGUGAAGAAGAAGACUAUAAAAGUUCAUUACCAUACUUUAUGACAGCAUUAGAUAUUUCAAAAAGUAUUAAUGGAAUUUUAGGACCAGAAGAAAUUGACUGCAUUUCAAGAACAAUUGCCAGUUACUCAGAAGAAAAUCCAAGAAAAGCAUUGAGCUUAUUGGGAAAAUCUGCUAAAGUAUUGAAGAGAAUUGGUUCAACCGAAAAGAUAUGGGCAAAGUUGGUUGAAACAAUAGAAAUAGGAAGAUAUUCUGUUAUUAUAGAUGAAAGUUGGAGAAAGUAUGCUGUUGACUCUUUACAUAAAUUAAUUGAGAAACCAGAUUUAAAUGAAUUUAUAAAAAUUACUCUAAAAAUGUUUUGUGGGGCAAUUGGUAAAGGAAAAGGAGAAAAUAAAGACUGGGUAUGGAAUGAAACUGAGAAUAUUCAAUGUGAACGUAUUGACAUUGAAAAUAAUGAAAGUGAAUGGAAAAUAAAAAAAGUAAAAGAAGAAGUAAAGGAAGAAAAAAAGAUUCAAGAAGAAGUUCAACUAAUUCCUAAUAAGAUAAAUUGUGGAUGGACUAUAACUUUGUUAUUAGACUUAAUUAAAGAAGAAGAAAUUUUCAACCGAGUCAAUGAGAUAGAAGAAGAAAAUAAACGUUAUGGACAAGGAAACUUAGAAAAAGAACUUAUAGAUAAAUUGGAAGCAAUAAAAAACUUAACUUAUAAAAUUCAAAGUUUAAAACAAAAAAUACAAACUCAAAGAACAGGAGUUAAUGAAAUAAGUAAUAUUGACAAAUUUAAUGAAUGGCUUAAAUGUGGAGAUCAGUCUGUUCAUGAAAAUUUUAAAAAUGAUGAGAUGAUUGACCAAAAACAAUGGGACCAAAUUGGUGUUACUAUUCAAGCUUAUGUUGCUUACCAAUCAGUUUUAGAAAUGAUAAAGGAUAUUGAAAAAACUAAACAAGAAACUGAUAAACAACGAAAAGAUGAUCAAUCUACUCAACAAUAA